AUGGGCUGCCAAAGAAUUACACCCAGGCGCUCUGCCUCCGUGCCUUUAAAAAACAACUACAACCAGAGAAGCGGAGCCAUCUCCUUCACCUGUUGCAUGAUCCAGAUGUACGUUGCGUUAUCUCUCGGCUGCACAGUGCGCCUCUUGCUGGGCGCCAUGGCCUAUGACCGCUACUUGGCCAUCUGUAGGCCCUUGAUGUAUGCCACUGCCCUGGGCAGAGCGCACCAAGUCCAGCUGGCUUCAGCCUCCUGGGCUGGGGGCUUCCUCGUUGCCUUGAUCAACGUCCUCUCCACCCUUUGCCUCCCAUUCUGUGGCUCCAACCGUAUCAACCACUUCUUCUGCGAGCUACCGGUGGUGUGGAAGCAUACUUGUGCCGAUGGCUGUUUCACGGAGCCCAUCAUCUUUGCGGCAUCCACAGUGAUCCUUUUGGGUCCCCUCUCUGUUAUCCUGACUUCCUAUGGCCUCAUUAGUUACUCUGUGUUACAAAUGAGGUCAACGGCUUGACGGCAGAAGGCCUUUUCCACAUGCACCUCCCACCUGGCUGUGGUCACCUUGUUCUAUGGCGCCGGUAUCUUCACAUACAUGGGGCCCCAGUCAAGCACGGAUCCCGAUCGUGACAAGCACGCGGCCGUCUUCUACAUUAUAGUUACCCCUCUGCUCAACCCUAUGAUUUACACCUUACGGAACAAAGAUGUACAAGGGGCAGUGGCCAGGAUCCUGUGA